AGACAUGUGAGAUAUUUUAGCUAAGGUUUUCGCGUUAAACUCAGGUUCAGGUUUCCACUCUAAGUUUGGAAAAGUUGUUCUGUUCUAUUAAAAAUGGGGAAAACAAAGACUAAGAACCAGAAGAAAGCCCGCGAGGCUGCCAGCGUUCUGGCGGAGGAGUCUUACUCUACUGUGCCGCACACCUUCGUGUUUCAACGGGGUCAGAUCGGCAAGAAUGUCGGUCAGCUGGUGUUGGACAUGAGACGAGUCAUGGAGCCUUUCACUGCCAGAUCUUUGAAGGUGCGGAAGAAAAACAUCUUGAAAGAUUUCGUUGCUGUGGCCGGACCUUUAGGAAUCACACACUUCUCAAUAUUUACCAAAACAGAUAAUUGUGUAAACAUGAGGCUUGCUCGGCUUCCCAAAGGUCCAACGUUAUAUUUCCGUGUUGCAAAGUACACGCUCAUCAAAGAUGUAGUUUCAUCUUUAAAGAGGCACAGGAUGCAUGACCAGCAGUUUACCCAUCAUCCUUUGCUAGUGCUGAAUAAUUUUGGCAUAGAGGGCAUGCAUGUCAAGCUGAUGGCCACCAUGUUCCAGAACAUGUUCCCCUCGAUCAACGUACACAAGCUCAACCUCAACUGCAUCAAAAGAUGUGUGCUGUUAAAUUACGAUCCGGUGUCUCAGGAGGUGGAGUUUCGUCAUUAUAGCUUGAAGGUGGUGCCUGUGGGCAUGAGUCGAGGGGUGAAGAAGCUCAUGCAGGAGAAGUUCCCCAACAUGAGCAAGCUGGAGGACAUCAGUGAGCUCCUCAUGAAAGGCGUCAACCUUUCUGAGAGCGAGGCCGAGCAGGACGGGGAUCACAACAUCACAGAGCUUCCUCAGGUGUACUCUGGUCGUGGGAACAUGGCUUCUCAGCAGAGUGCAGUUCGGUUAACUGAGAUUGGCCCCAGAAUGACUCUACAGCUGGUGAAGAUAUUAGAAGGCAUGGGAGAAGGAAAUGUGCUUUAUCAUUCCACAAUCUCAAAAACAGAGGAAGAGCUUCAGGAGAUGCUGAACAGGAAGGAGGCCCGUCUGAAAGAGAAAGCAGAGCGGAAGAGAAAACAAGAACAGAACGUUGCUCUAAAAAAAGAAAAACGCGAUCAGAACAAGAAAAGGAGCUUGGAGGGAAUCAAGAGAAAGGGGCAGCAGGAAGGCCAGGUGUCUGAUGAUGAAGUGGAGGAUCCUGGGAACCAGGAGGACAAGCCUCCAGCCGAGGAGUCUGAGGACGAAGCAGAUUAUUACAGACAGGCUGUAGGGGAGGAACCAGAUGAAGACAUGUUUCCUGGUGCAAAAAGGAAGCGCGGCCCCGGAAAGUCACCGAAACCCUUCAAAAAGAGGAAGCUGUCACCGGGGAAGGGCCCUCCCCAAGACAGGAAGAGUUUUAAGUCGCCUGAUAGGGGAAAGAAAGCUGGUGGGCAGCGGUUUGGGGAUAAAAAAGCUGGUGGGCAGCGGUUUGGGGAUAGAAAAGCUGGUGGGCAGCGGUUUGGGGAUAGAAAAGCUGGUGGGCAGCGGUUUGGGGAUAGAAAAGGGGUAGAGGGGAAAAACAGGUUUAGGAAGAGUGAAGGAGGCAAGAGGUUUGGUACAAAAGGGGGAAAGGGCAAUAGAUUUGCAGGGCCGAAAAAAGGAGAAACUGGGAAGAAGUACGGCGGGCAGAAAACAUUUAAAGGACGUGCUGUUAUUAAACACCAGAAAGGCGCUGGAGGAAAAAAGGACUUCAGGCACAAAAAAGGAAAAAGCUAAAGGAAACGAAAAUGAACCAGAAGGUGGUACUGUUGCUUCACUGAUGCGUCAAGUCUGAUGUAUCAUUUCCACGCAAACAUCAGCAAUAAUUUUGCGUGAUGUCAGACUUGUGCCUUGUAUAAAUGUUCAUAGAGUUGGAUGCAAUUGCCAUUAAAUGUUCAAACCGCCA